CCUCGUGAGUUUCCCAUUUAUGGCUUCCACUUGCUGCACCUCUUUUUGUCUCAUGGUUGAAACCGCAGCCCUUUGCGAGGCUACUCCGAAGGUUCCUCGCUCCGUUCAGCCUUUCAAGAUUACGCGUGACAGUUUCAAGCCCAUUGGCUAUAGAUCAAGCAAGCGGGUUGCGAGCAGUGUGGAGGACUCCUGUAAACUUGGAAAAAGGUGGGCCGAAGAUCAUGACGUGAGUUGAAUCUUACAUGCGGAAACCUCCCAUCACGAAGCUUGCACCCGGCACGGCGCUCACGUUGAAGGAUCUCUGGUGAAUUGCUAAAUUGGACGUUCGGCGUGAUGGUCUGGCAUAUUACUCCAAAUAUCCCACAGGAGGGUUAAUUCACCAAUACGUUUUAACCCACAGAGUGUGACUCGGUAAGUUGCAAGAAUUUCUUGAUGGAUGCUGCAGGCAAACAAAAUCAUCAUCAUGUGGGGGGUAUACUUUUGUUAUGGUUUCUCGGAUCCCAAGCGAGAAAAAAGAGGUGUAGAGGAAUUCAACUCAUGGUGCAGUACAAAUAUGCAUGAGUAUUUUUUUGGGUACACCACAGAAAUCUGUGUGAAUAUAUUUCUCUUCUCGAGAAUUGAACGAUUUGGCUUUCAUCUGAUGACAUUCCGCACGUUGAAAGGUGCCAAAUCAUGUGUAAAUGUGGCGCGUUUCGUCGUUUUCUCAGCCUGAAGUGCAUUGACGGACGAAAGCUUUGGAGAGUCAUGAUACGUCAUUCACACGAAGACCCAGAAUCUCCGACAGAGGAAAGAAACCACGUGUAGGACCAAAUCACUUGAAUCGGUCGAGGACCACCACGCACUGGCAGUACUUAUACUCUGGGCAUCUACUCCCUUCCGAUCCACCAAAAUGAUAUUCUAUGGGUACGUUCCCCACUACAGGAAAAAUUUGCGCACGAGGGCAGGCUUAAAUCCCGUGCCCACCUUCCUUGCAAGUUGCAAAAUAUUGCGACUGCAGUAGAAGCUCAGGCGAUAUAGACUGGAGGAGGCUGACCUCAGGAAAUGGGUUGCCUGCAUUUCCUCAAAGCGUGAAGAGGAGAAUGUCGACGUUUAGGUAGUGAAUGAGAGAGUUCAUGUGAUUCUGUUCACGCUGUUGGGUGAUAGUGUUGCAUUCCAUGCUCACGGAUCUAGCACAGUCGUUGCCUACCUUGAGGGAGCUCGGAACUCGAACAGACGCGAGCGACCUGUUUCAAGUAUAAUCGGCUUUGUUCGUGUUACUGUUGAUGUGUGCGCAUUGGGGACGUUUUCUUGGGAGUUUCAUAAAAGAGUUUGAGCAUUUUGAAUUUACAAUCACGAUUUAGUCGGUCCUUCUUCCCAUCUGUGGGAGGAUGACGGCCCCUGGGUGGAGGGAAAUGACGUUGUAACCCGCUCGACUACCCCAACAAUGCCCCGCCUCUCGCUUUGAAAAAAAUCGUAGAGAUCUCCACAAGACUUUGAGACACUCUCUCUGCCCUAUCAGUGUCUAUCUGCUAAAGUCGUCUGAAGAAUAUUGGGUGUUGUCUCUAAAGAUUUCGAUAUAAAAUUUCUGCAGCGAACCACUCGUGAUCUGCUGUGUACCCUCUUGUCUGGGUGGCGUCUUGAUGAGAGGUUAUUUCCACUUUUUGGGAACCACAACAGGCAACUAUCUUGCUGGGGUCGUGCUGGAGUUAUAAUUUUUGCCCCUUCAUAGAUAGAUGAGCAAGAUAUUGAGCAAUUAAAGUACAUUCACAAGCUAAGUUUUCGUGACGGGGAUAUCGGGAUCUGCGACGAUUGGAAAAGGAUCCUACAGAAGCCACAGUGACUCUAAUCGAGGAAGUGCCAUGGAGAACCGGAAUGGCAAAACAGCUCAGUUUAGAUUAUCUGUUGCACUUUUCUGGGUGUCAACACUUUUGACAGGCGCAGCAUUCUCGUCCCACGCAGCCCAUGCGCCCUUGAAAGGAACGCUGAAAGCAAAUGCUUAUGCUACAAUGUUAUACAUGGGCACACCUCGCGAUUACGAAUUUUACAUUGCCGCUCGCGUGAUGUUGGGGACGUUGGUGCGGUUCCAAGUGGACGCGGAUCUUGUUGUCAUCGCCUCUGAAAGCGUUCCCCCGCAAUGGCAAAAGACACUAACUGAUGAAGGUGCGAAGGUUGUGGUCGUGAGUGAUAUUCAAAACCCUUACGCAAAUUAUCGCAACUUUGAUAAGCGCUUUCUGUUGACAUUGAACAAGAUCUAUGCUUGGAGUCUGACGGAAUACCAGAGGGUGGUGAUGCUCGAUGCCGACAAUUUGUUUCUCCGAGCCCCGGACGAGCUCUUCCAGUGCGGCCAAUUUUGUGCUGCUUUCAUUAACCCGUGCAUUUUCCAUACUGGUCUGUUUGUUCUACAGCCAUCAAAUGAAACUUUCAGUAACAUGAUGCAUGAUAUUAGUAUUGGUAAGGAGAGCAGCGAUGGAGCAGAUCAAGGCUUCUUGGCGAGUCAUUUCACCGAUCUUCUCGACCGUCCCAUGUUUCACCCUCCUGCUGACGGUUCAAGACUCGACGGUCUUUUCCGACUUCCACUCGGGUACCAAAUGGAUGCUUCAUUCUUUUAUCUGAAGCUGAAAUGGAGAGUUCCAUGUGGUCCGAAUAGCGUCAUCACAUUUCCUAGCGUUCCCAUGUUGAAACCAUGGUAUUGGUGGUCGUGGCCAAUACUACCUUUGGGACUUUCAUGGCAUGAAAAGCGUGUAGCUACCAUAGGGUACGAAACUGAGUCCCCCGUCCUUAUAGCUGAAAGCCUCUUUUACAUCUUCAUAAUGCUGGUGGCACUCAUCAUUCGGCAGCGAUAUGCGUGCUCGGAGAAGAGCUCAAUGUCGAGAAUCACCUGCUUCGGUCGUGGCCCCUGUGCGGAAAAGAAACUGUGCCAUCCUUGGGCAAUAAAACUCAUCAUCCUUGCCCUAGUUGCUGGCAGCUUCCGCCUUCCUUUCUACAUGAUCCCCACCACAGUGCACCCACUCAUGGGCUGGGGAGUCUUUCUUCUGGGCUCGUUCUGCCUCCUCACUGUUGUGAACACUGCUUUCCAGCUUCCUGAUCUACCGGUUCUUACUCCCUGGCUUGGCUGUAUUGGAGCUCUGUUCACUAUGGGCUCACCCUUUUACGCCAGCGGCAUUACGAGAGGAUUGGGGAUUGGGAUAUACGUAGCCAUGAUCACUCCGUUUCUAUGGUGGGCUGCGAAACGGGUGAGUGGCGUUGUGCACGCGAAGGUUUACUGGGAGCCUCUUAUGGCUUGGAACAGCGUCAGAUCCGAACCUGCUUCUGAAACUCUCAUGAAGUUAUGUUGAUGGAUUAGUAGUGGGGAAGAUUGGAUCAAAUUACAGUUGAAGUCGCUUGGAAUAAACGUGAAUAAAACCCUCGUAAUGUAUGUUCAAGAAUGACAUCUCUGCCAUUCUUCAGUGCACUUGACAUUCACGAACUUAUCAUGGAGGGAGGAAACUAUGAUCAGGAGUUUAAGGGGCUCUUCUCGGGCGUAGAAAUGCAGUGUGCCCAUCAUUGCACAUCCAGGAAGGUGGCUGAAGAUCGUCGACAGAUUUCAGUAGGCUUCGAAGCUUUUUAUUUGAAGAUAUCCUUGUGCUAGGUUUUAGGAUCUAUGCUCUUCUUUCGUCAUCACAUACCAAGCACGAUCACCAGUUGAUCGAUCCGAGGACGGCACAAAUUUUUGAAGAACCCGAGGGGGACUCGACUCAAGUUCUACUUUUGCGGUGGUUUGAAUGGCGCGAUCAUUUUUUAUACCAGGUGCUUGUUUUACUUCCUUUCAUUUUGCCCUGUACACUACGUUUCAUGGGUGGGUGCUGCUUGCAUUUAGAUACGCGCCUCGACAGGCAGUUUGCGGUUGGUAGCUACAGUACUCAUCCCUUCGGUUCCGCUUGCUCACCCGUCACAAAAGGAAUCCUCUCUUCUUACACAAAAAACUUAUAUGUUGCUAUUGUGCUAGGUAGUUGUUUAGUUCCUCCAAAAAUUGUACAAGAUUUUUUAACGUGCGGAUGCGCCCACUUGAUGCAACAUGUAAAUCAACUUCCCCGAACUGGCAAAUGAAUUAAACCAGUGGGUGAUUUAAUAGUGGAGAAUGAAACUUAUUGAUUCAAGUUUUUCA